AUGAUGAUGCGGAAAAACGUCGAGCUUCAGCUUCAGGCCUUGCAAAUGAUCGAAGUCUUUUUUUUAUUCUGAAAGAGACAAUGAAAAUUGAAAUUAAAGUUCAUGUGUGGCCUGAUUCCCGCCGUUUUGCAACUGGAAGAGGGCGAAUCACUGAAAGACAUGAAGACUUUGACGCCCGAAGAAACGGAGCGAUACGUUUUGAUUUCUGUUAUGAGGUUUUUUUUCACAACCAUUAUUGAUUUUUGAAAGAUGUGGGAUUUCAGGCAAAGCAAGGAUGAGUUCGACUCUUUGAGCAAGGACCGGGAUGAGCUCGAAACUAUGGCCAGGGAUGGCGAAUCGGAACGUCAUCGGCUCGAAAAUGAGCUCCGGAAUGAAGAGGAGAACGUCUCGAGGGCUCUCGCCGUGAGACAUGUUCGAUUUUUCGAAUAGUUCUGAUCUAAAGGAAUACAUCAUGAAUCCAAAAAAAAACAAGAAGAGAAACGCUAGUGGCCACUUGAGAGGUUCCUCAAGGGUACUUGGAGAGGGCACUAAAGUGGCCACAUAGAAGCCACGAUUUCGCGUCUUAGUGGCCACUAUAGGGAUCUAGUUGUAAAAUUUAGACUCCUAAAGUUUUGGUCACUUAAAGGGCCACUAAAUCGACCACUACAGUGGCCACUCAAACGUCAAAACCCCUUAAGUGGUCCUAUAAAUUUUCCAAACACGGUAUAAAAUCCUCUUUUCAUGUAUUUUCUGUUAAAAAUGACAUUCAAAUGAAAAAAAAAAUUCUAUGGAUUCGUAUUUUUUUAAAUUUUUAGGAAGCCCAAGCCGUUUCUCCAAACCCAACACCAGCCGAAGCCGCCGCCGCGGUUAUUUAUUCGGCUCCACCGCCUUCUCCAACUUUAGGUAUGAUCCUCAAGAAAAGCUAGAAAAAAAAGAAAAGCUCAAAAAUUAAAAAAAAAUUCGCGCAUCACUGCUAAUCAUGAGCUGUUGGAAGGGAAAAAAAUGAACUUUCAAUUGAUAUUCUUCUUAAAAUCUUCCCUUCAGUGGACACUUAAGAGUUUACCCAAGGACUACUUUAAAGGCAGUAAAAAACGGUGUUUCAGUUCAAAGCAGUACUUUGUAGAGCUUUUCAUUGCAAAUGAACGGUGAACUUGGAAACGUACAGAAAUUCCUAGUUUUGGAGAAAAAAUAAUUCAAAGUCGGAGAAAAGAAAGCUUGAGUUCCCGCGAAAAGGGCGCCUUGCAGUAAAGUUGCUCUAUGGACAACAGGGUUCGCCAUCUUCCGGAUUUUCGCUUUUUUCUUCGUUUCUUUUAAUUUUCAAUUUUUUCUGUUGUCACCAGAGUUUUUUUCGUCACCAAAGCCUUCGAUUCAUGUAUAAUUUGCAAACUUUGAUCGCAAAAAAGCUUUUCUGAUGAAAAAUGAUGAUUUUACACAGGUUUCGAUUGGGAUAGCGAUUAUUUGUGUUUUCUUUAUUAUCACUGUAUGUUUUCGGUUUUCUUAAUCAAUUUUUCAGAGAAGAAACCCUUAAUUUGAAGCAGAUAGCCGGUUAUUUCAUACAAAAUGCGAGUCUAAUAAGACGUCCGCAACAUCACGUGCACGGCUACUGUAAACAGUUGUCUGCAUACCGAUCCAAAGCUUUUUUCAAAAUUAAAGGCGGGAAAGUGAAAUCGCGUUUUUCUUCUAAAGUUGUCACAUCUGUAAUUUUUUUGAGUACACCAUUCGAUUCGCAAUAAAAAACUAUAUAAGAUGCUGCUUUCACCUGAAACCCCAUUUUUUACUGCCCCUAUGCCUUUAAGUGGAUACUAAAGUCGCCACUAGAACCACCACUAUAGAAGCAGCUAUUUUGCGUAAAAGUGGCCACUUUAGUAGUCUUAGUGGUCUAGUAGUACCACUUAGACUUUUAAAGAGGCCACUAAAUGUUAUUCACUUAAGAGGCCACUGCUCCGACUACUAUAGUCGCCACUAAACGGUCGAAACCCUAAAGUGACCACUAAAAAUUCCCCCAGUAAUUUAUUCCAGUCACAAUUAACCAUUAAAAUCCCUCCAAACCUUAUUUUCCAUCUUAUUCAUAUUCCCAAACUUCAGCGAACCCCUCUGAAACUUCGGAACGACCUCAAACCUCCAAGAAGAAAACCACGGAACGACCGCCAACUUCCAAAGAACCCCGUCCGGUCACAGCCAAGAAGGAAAAAGAAUCAGAAACGACUUCGGAACGGCCGCCAACAGCCAAGGAACCUCGUCCAGCUACUUCCAAGAAAGAGGCCGAAGUUGAAGGAAAAGCCACGAGGAAAAAGUCGGCGAAUUUGGCUCAGGAUAAGGAGGAAAAGGCUGAAAAUGGAGCGGCUAAAAGGUAUUUUCUGUCUAGAGUGGUCCCUAUAGGGGCUAGGGGAAGAACAGUCCCUAUAGGGGUGAAAUUUAGGGGACCCUAUAGCAGUUUAAGGUCUGAACCUUAAGUUCCUAAAGCUUAAGGGCUCCCUAUAGGGGUCACGACUACCAUCUUUUCCUAAAGCGAUUACUUUGGCGAGCUUUAGUGCCUCCUGUAGGGGGAGACCAAGUGGUCCCUCCAAAGGCCCCUAUAUAUCUCUGGAGUUAUUGAGUAUUACUAUUGAGAGUCACGAUUACCAUUCUCCCCUAAAAAGGCCACUUUUACAAGCUUUAUUGCCCCCUAUAAAAGAGGCUAAGUGGUCCCUAGAGGGGAACCUAUGAGAGCCCCUAAAGUUGCCCCUAUAGGGACCACUCUGGAGUUUCUAAGUAGUGCAGCGUUUUUCUAGUACAUUGGUAUCAUAUAAAUCAUAAAAUCAUUUUUUAAGUACAGAUCCAAAAUUCAUUGAUUUCAGACCCGAUUCAAGACACGCGUCUCGUCGCGAAAGCACGGAAAGGACCAAAAAGUCAGUUCCUACGAUUUUAUCCGAAUAAUUGAAGAUUUUUCAUACUCGUUUUGGAAAUUUACGGGAUAGAAUACCUGCAUAACAAAUUUUCGUUUAGUGAGAAGGUUUUAAAAUAUCCUUGAAACUGGAGUCUAGGAUAGGGGGACUUGAAUGAAUUUUCAUGGAUUUUGUAGCUCCAGUAUGACUCAUAUUAGCUAAUUAUACUGCGUUUCUUGUAUUAUAUUCAAUAUUAAAGUGGUCCCUAUAGGGAAAACUUCAAGGUCCCCUAUAGGGACCACUCUGGAGCUUCGAGUGAUCAUUCUUAGCAUCAGAUUUUGUCGAAAUUUUGGAUUUUUUGAAUCAGAAAAAAUUUUGGAGAUCGUCAGACCGUCAACUUUUUAGAUAGAGCGUUAAAAGUGGACCUAAAAAUUCAAUUCUCCUUGAAAAUUAUGUACUUUUUUAUUUAAUUUUAAGAAAAACAAUUUUUCUUAGCGAGGACCGUCCCACCACCCGCAGGUCCAGUGUCGACCGGAACACUCCCAAGCGGAAUGACUCGGUCCCGAGCGAGCGUCGGGCCUCCGCCAGCACCGUAAGGCCUUCCAGAAGCACCGAACAAUCCAAGGUACCCCAUUUCUUCAAUAAAUCGAGAGGAUAUACGAUUUCCAGCCUCCCAAGCCGCUCGGGGCCGUGAGAGUUCCCAAGGUGGGGUCCGAACAAUCGACGGAACUCAUCGAAGAAGAGCCCGGAAUGGAGCACGGUCCGAGGAGGAAGAACUUGAACGACGUCAAUGUGAGUUGGAAGGAGGGGAUAUUGAGUCUUUCAGAAUUUAUUGUAAGACGGAACACUUCCCAGGACCUUAGUGAAGUCAGAAAGUCAUCUAUACAGUCCGCUAAAACUUGCGAAAGAAGCCCCUAGAGGGAAAAAACCCCUAUAGGAAUCACUCUGGCGUUCCUAAGUAAUCACCAAAUGUUUUCAAACACGGCGACACCAAAUCGACGCCACACCCACCACAAUGGCGGAAAAUAAAAUGUGUUGUACGCAGUGCACGCGAUGCAUUAAAAGCGACGCGCAAAAAGCGAGAUUGAACGUUUAUAGUAAAUAAAAUCAUGCCGUGUUCAAAGUAAUAUCCGCGAAAUGCGAAAUGGUCUCUGACCCUCCAAAAUUCAGUUAUCUUUCUCUUUCUCUGACGGCUAUUUUGAAUUUCGCGGAAUCACUUUGAACACGGCAUCAAUUUUAGGACUGGUGUUCACCCAUGGCCCGCCGGAAAAAUUUCUACAAUAUAAUUAUUUAAAAAAAUCCCAUCUAGAACUAAAAUGAAGAGAAAAAAACUCCUUUUUAGAGCUAAUAUUCUAUUUCAACCUCCAAAAUUUUUUUCUGACCUCUAAAAACUAGUGAAAAUCUCGAACUUACAAUAAAAAAACAGGAUUCUGUCAAAAAAAGUCUUAUCUAACGGGAAACCGACGGGAUAUGGAGAAAAAACCUAAUCAAAAAAAUAGGAUUUUUUUCGUACCAGCUUGUUUUUUGGGAAAACCGUGUUUAGAACUAUGUUGAGAAGUCAUUGCUUCAUUAUAUCAAACUCAUUUCCUUCUACUUCUAGAUCGUUUCACCUUCAAAAAAAAAAGCUUUUUUCCUAAUUAUGUGCUCGGAAAAGCGUCUAUCAGAGCUGAAAUUCCCCCAAAUGAAUUCUUAAAAAUUAGCUUCAAAAAAAGCCUAUUUAGGCCCACCUAGUCGACCCAGCUCGUCUCAACUCGGCCGACGUCCGUUUUCGAGCCGAGUAUUUGAGAAUGCAACGCGAUCGUCUUCUCGAACUGAAGCGCCAGGAGAGAAUCAAGCAGAUGAAUGUGAGUAGUAAUAGUCUAAUAAUUCUCAUCUUCGAGGAAAAGCUCAGAAAUUUGGAGCAGUAGCAGAUUGAAAAUAAUAACUCAAUCAAUUUUUUUUUUUGAAGAAGAUGGGACCGCAAGCUUCAGGGGUUGAUAAAGUGGUCCCUAGAGGGAACCUCCAAGGGGCUCAGGGCUGCCCCUAUAGGGACCACUCUGAAGAUCCUAAAAAAAGCACUUUUUCUUGAAAUGGAAGAUAAAAAAAUCUUCAUAAUUGUAUCGAAAAAAACUUCAAAAAAACUCCCUAGGGUUGCCCCUAUAGGGACCACUCUAUAGAUCCUAAAAAAACUCAAAAAAUUCAUUCAAAAAUAAGAAGGUGAUGACAGGAAGUGGCGAAGACGUCGCAGGAGCGUCCCCGGACAGCUCGAGCCGCUCGCGGCGCCAUGCGAGCUGGAGCAGCCGACGAGGAGCUCGAGUCCCGGAAAGCCAUCGCCUCCAAGCUCCAGGCCGAGGUGCUCACUCUCGACCAAUGA